CCUGACGUUAGUUAAACACCCAGUUCAAGGCAAACAAGCGGAACGCGACGAGAUUAUAUCUCAAGAAUCAAGUAUCAACAAUAUAAACACGAAUGCACCACAGAAUAUAACGGAUAAUCCACGAAUACAAUUCCGAUACUAGCACACCUUUAAAAGGGUUUAAGAUGAGCACGCAAUCAGGAGGAAUAAACAACUAAGAAGUUCAAUAACUAUAUGGCAGAACAGUUUAAGGAUCAAUUCGGGCAGCCGGAUGAUGCCGAUAAAUCCAGCGGCCGAGAGGUUGUUUGGAUAGGUAAGAAAUCAGAUCAAUAUAAUAUCAAGGAUACCACGUAUAAGGUUUCCAAUCAUGAAGAUGCAACGCAGCGAGGUUCUGCGACGAAGAUGAAUGGCAACGAUGAGGUAUCAACUAUCAAUGCUGGCAAAAUACUCUCUGAUAAGUUAAGGGACAUUCUGGCCGAAAGUUCUACACCGCCAGAUGGCGGCGGUGCUUGUUUUCAGAAUGAGGAGACCUUCACUGGCGAGAGCACGGAAGCUGGAUCAACAUCAAGCGGUAGCGGAAGUCGACAGAUUGAUAAAAAUGACUCACAGGUUGUAAAUGACCGGAAGGCUCGCGCUACCACCGCCGAGAAUUGUAUAGUGGGCUCUGGAAAUGAUACGAAGAGUGAAACGGCCAGCGAUGAAGGUAGCAAUGGGGAUUCAUUUGUGAAUAGCGAAAGGGUUGCCAGAGAAAUCAGUACAGAGGAAGGAUCUACAUCAAGUGGGAGCAAAAACGAAUCACGUACGGCUGAACGUGGUGACCGCUCGGCUAGCGCUGAAGAUGGCACAGUCGGCAGUUCAGGAGACAACGACAACAAAAGCGAGUCAGCGUCAGAUGGAGGAUCAGGAUCGUACGGAAAUGUUCAAAGAGUUGUGCGCGAUUCUAGUACCGAAGAAGGGUCUACUUCCAGUGGCAGUAAACAUGUAGAGCGCAGUGAUCUUGCUGAGCGAUCAAGCAUUGAGAAAAUUGGUCAUAACGAGAAAGAAACCAGGGCACAAAGACAAACAGACGAGGCGACUGCAUUGGGCAGUGAAUCUACUGUGGCCGAUGCAGCGACUCGAGCGAGGCAGAGCGUUGAAAUAAUUAUUGGCGAGGAUGGUAUCAGUGCCACGGAUUCCAAGACCGCGAAGGUCGGACGCGUUCGACGGAAGAACUCUGAGCUAAAAAAGGAGUUUGUAUGCCAGUAUUACCGGUGUGGACGAUCGUACGCUUCAAACCAUGCGCGAUUGCUACACUAUACACUCAAACACAGGCGCGGUAGCGUUUUCGGUAGUUUACAGACUAUGCCGGUGCGACCACUACUGCCCGUAAUCCGACCUGGUCAGGUGAAUUACUUGCCACUGCAAAUGGUCCCCCCAGGCUUUCUGCAGGUGCACAGAGACAUGUCAUCGAUGGUCGCGCCUGGGCAAGUAGUCCAGAUGGUAAGGCCCAUGGUGAGAGGUAUGGGACAACCAAUAAUCAUGCCCCAGCCCAACCUACUCAUACCGUCACGUCCAUUGACGCACGCCCAGCAACCGCGAGCCCCAGUGCCAGCAACGGCACAAGUGAAAGGUACUGUCACUCCCAAGAGCAAACCUCAGACAAGGGCCGGCUCAGGUGCAGGGGCAAGCAAAGCUAAGCCUUCCGCAGCAAUCCCAGGUAAAAGUAAGAGGGAGAAGGCAGAGAAGCUCCAGUUGGAGGCCAAGUUGCAAGCCGAGCAUCAGGCUCAAGUACAGGCACAGGCAAAAGCUCAGGUGUAUGCCCAGGCACAAGCACAGGUUCAGGCGCAAGCACAGGCCGAGACCGCACGUAGUAAGGCGCAGAGUAGAAUACAAAGCCAUGUGCAGAACCAAGCUUGGGAACAGACUCAUGCCCGGAAUGUAGAUUCUGAUCAGUCAUCGUCGGAUGAUGGUAAAAGUUCUAGUAAUAGUGACAAGGCCCAGCUGGGUGUACCCGGAGGAAGCAAUCCAUUCUCGAGCAGCUCAGGUGCCUCGUUGGAGAGCAAUGAAGGUGGAGGUGCAAGAACUAACGACCAGGGAGAGUCUAGUGAGAAUGCCCAGCCAUUCAGGAAAAAUGUUUCUUAUAAUCAGAAGUUGAAACCCGCCUCAAUGUUUCCAGGUCAGCAAAUGAAACCGCAUGGCACAGCACAUGGUCUUAAUCAACAAGAGAUGCCGCAGAUUCAGUUGCAGACACAAUACGGGAAUGGCUUCGUCAGCAACGUGGACAAUGGUGCGCAACAUCUUAAGGGCGGGCUUCUGAAAGGUCAUACUGGCCAGUCACCUGGGGAGCGCAAAGAGUUCUACUCGGGUCGAGCCUACCCUAUAUCGAGCCCUAAGCACCACCAUGCACACCCCACCGAUGUAUUUGAUGACCGAAGCUGUCAGUGUGCACGCAUCGCGCGUAACGGGCACGGACAAUGCCAGGGUCAUGUGCACCAUCCGAUGCGUGGAAGUCAUGUACACUAUCGUGCCAAGCAUAGUCAUUUAGAUGCUGGUUCACCCCCUAUGCAGACUGAUUGUGCGAGCGAUAAGUCGUUUCUUCCCCCCUCUGUAUUUAUGGCGCCGACCGGUGGCAACGGCAAAAUACCCAUGCAAUAUGUAUCCAACAAUACACCACAACCGAUGGGGUCGUCCUUUUAUCACAAUCAUGGCUCAUUAUCUGGGCAGGUUCUGAAUAUGAAUGAUGCGAAUACGGGUACUACAACCAGUAAUUCGGGUGGUAUGGCACCGGUGCAUUUCAAUACAACUGGUUCGUCAGAAGAAGACAGGUCGACUCCACCUUCGGGAGGGACCCGCGAGGACUUUAGUUUCCACGCGGAUUCGCAUAACCCAUCCUGCAGCUGUUCCGCUCACGCAAUGCAGAGCGAGCAGGGCAGGGAUAAACGCAACGAUGUGAUGUCUGUAGCUACUUCGGCAUACACACGGGAUAGCCAAAACGUGACGCACCACAAAAAAAACCUGUCAGGCGUAUCACCUCCGUGGGAUGCACAGUCCCAAAUGUAUGGAAGAAAUGCAUCCAACCAGACUGCAAUGUUUUCAUCACUUCAGCAGAAUCAUGGCCACAAACCGCCUCACAACAAUUUUAUUGGCUCUGGCCAGCAAGGGCAGCAAGGUAUGCAUGACAAGAGUGCGCAGCACAUACACCGUAACCGGCAUCAGCAAUUGCAGGCAUUGCUACAGCAACAACAACAACAACAUCAACAUCAUCAUCAACACCAACAGGCGCAUGAGCACCAACGUCAACAGCUGCAACAACAUCAGCAGCAGCUCGUACAACAGGCCCAAAUGCAGGAUGUUGUUGGACAAUUGGAUGGCACUACCGCUACUAUUGGUUUUAAUGGAAAGGAUAUGGUUUCUGAUACUAAGACGCACAGGCAGUCUUCACGCACUCAACAACGACCGGAGGCAAAUUCGGAGGAUCGUGCGCGAUCCCGUUCAUUUCCAAGAACAGAAGUGCUACCGAAGGCCGACCGAAAGAGAUCGGGGAGCGAUCUGCGUGGUCACAACAACAAUAGCAAGGGUGCGAAGUCACCAAGUAGAAAACGAUCUCGGUCACAUCCACGUACGAAGAAUAGUCCGAGUGUCCAAUUGAACCGUGUCCCGCAAGAUAACAACAACGUUGUUGAUACAAACGUUGCAAGUGCUUGGAGUGAGACAUUGCUGAGUACGAAUACGAACAAUAGGCCGAAGGUAUUUAUGAACAAUAGUGCUAGAAUGUUUGCAAACAAGGGUCUUGCGUCGGAUGGCAGCGCUAGUGGUGCUACGCUCGGAACGAAUACAUCUCAUAGUGGCCCUGGUACAUCUAUGACGGGGGUGGUACAGAAUCAGAUGCCUCAGCAUAGCUCUACUGCGAGAGAUGGCUCUUGGGCUAGAGCGAACAAUGACAUAGGACCGUUUGCUGCAAUGUUGAUGCCUUCGAAUGGACAGCUCUCGACCAAUAAGAGCGGGAAUGUUCAUCAGAAAAUUGAUGAUGAGUGUUGUACGAUACACGCUCACAAUGCUAUAAACCAUGCGAGUGCACAAAGUAGCAGCGAUGGGAACAAUGGCAUUCAAACUCGUGCUGGUGGCGGAGUGUAUCGUGGGAAUAAUUUGAACUCCUUCCACGGUCAGCACACAUGGCCUGCGCAGAAUACGUUACCACAGCGUAGUCAGUUUGCUGCGCAUACUGGAAAUUACAAUGGUAAUGGCAAUGAAAAUUUCCAACUCGGUCACCAGAUGAUGCAGCAGCAAGGUGGUGUGUACAAGCAAAAUGCACAAAAUAAUCACAAUAUUCAGAGUAUGCAGGGCCAAGGACAAAUUCAGGGACCGUUUGUACAACACAAUGGCAUGGGUGCUCCACCAGUGCCAAAGCAACAACAUACUCAGGUAGUUCGUAAUUAUAAUAUGAUGAUGCACAACGAUUUCGGGGCGGCCAUGAAGUCUACCGCCGCCGAUAGAUGCAAUGUCAAUAAUUUGCACAGCGGGUUCCGAAGUAGUAUGGCUCAAGAUCAAGUCUUCCAACCACAGUAUCAUCCUUAUACUAGGCACGGGGCGUCCGAUUUGAUUGAUAGUUUAGAAAAUUCGUCGACGGAUGACAAAGUUAGUAGUAAUCAAUAUAGUAACGACAGCCCGGAAGUGGCCCCGGCAUUUUACAAUGCACGCUACGACAGUUAAUAAUUUUUACGUCUUGGCAUUUAUUAAACAAGAUAGGAAUAGUUUUUAACAAAUCACGGUUGGGACGCCGUGGGAAAUGAAAGCAACUUAUUCCAUAAAAUUAUUUUU